AUGUGGUUCAACCUCGGAGAUGAUGAGAUUCGACACCUGUCCACGGACGAGGACGACGAUACAAUCACCUCUGAUUCUGUUUCUACCAACGCCAUCCCACCGGAUCCGUUGACGGGUGCGUUCUUGGGUUGCCAGCAAAGUGCCCUGCACUGUCACCCAAGUCAUGCAGAUGCCAUGCAGCUGUGGAAGAUGCACACCGAGAAUGUGGAACCCAUCUGCAAGGUUUUACAUAUCCCAUCGACUGCCAGAAUGGUCGAAUCUGUUUCACAACGGCCUGAAAGUGCUUCUAAGGCAGAGGAGUGUUUACUGUUUUCAAUCUAUCACUGUGCUGUCUUUUCGAUUUCGGAAGAAGAGUGCAUGAAGAUGUUCAAACAAGACCGAUCAACAAUGAUGAAACGGUUUCAUGCUGCCGCACGUCAGGCUCUAGUGAAUACGUCGUUUCUUAAGACAACGGAAAUCGCUGUACUGCAGGCACUCUAUCUUUACCUCCUUUCUUGCCGUUACGCCUAUGAUCCGCACACAUACUGGAUCAUGACUGGGAUAUCCACCCGCAUUGGACAACGAAUCGGCCUCCAUCGAGAUGGAGAGAACUUGGGCCUGCCACCAUUUGAGGUAGAGAUGAGACGUCGAUUGUUUUAUCAGGUUUUUCCACAUGAUUCUCGAGCAAGCCAGUCUGCUGGAAUUGACUAUAUCAGCUUGCCGGAAGCCUGGGAUACAAGACCUCCACUCAACAUCAAUGAUGACCAAAUUUGGCCUGGAAUGACAGAGAAACCAGUCGAGCAAAGUGGUGCAACAGACAUGAUGUUCUGUCUGUCCCGCGCAUACGUGGGGAAGCGACUGGUUGAAUCGGGGAAGUCGAUCAACAAGGCAGGACCUUGGAGCUCCUCUGAUUAUCGUGAGGCUGAAGAAGUCAUAUCUGCUGCAGAAAGCGAAGUGGAGGAAAAGUUCAUUCGUUACUGUGACAUUGUGAAUCCCUUGCACUUCCUUACUAUCGGGCUUGCAAGGUCCGGUAUGACGGCCUUGAGGCUUAAACUUCGUCUUCCCAAAGUAAGGGACCAGAUCGCCACCGAUCUGCAAAGAAAAGAAAUAUUCCAACUUGCGCAGAAAACCUUGGACACCGAUGCGGCAGUCCACUCUCAUGGUGGGACCAGCAGGUUCCAAUGGCACAUCAAACCGUUCUUUCUAUGGGGAACUCGAGACUCAUUCAUCUUUAUGCUGACGACUCUCUUGAAACAAAGAGACCUGCUCUCCCAUGAUCAAAUCGAGGCAGCUUGGAAAAGUGUCGCCGAACUCUACCAGAACCAUGAUGAGCUUUUCGACAGCCGACAGGCCCUCAGUAUGGCAAUGAGAUGUCUUGCUUUGAAGGCUUGGGAUUCCUGGGAAUCGAGUAGUAGUGCCCCCGAACCAGAGUUCAUCAGUACCCUACGAUCUUUGAAGAAGAACCAAGACAAACGACAACAACAAGGUGAUAUGCUGAUAACCCCCGAGGCAGCGUCAUCAAAUGGUCUAUCGUCUUCCACUGGAGUGCCGGGUGCUGAUGACUUCGAUGUUCUCGAGGGGCUUGAAUUUGAUGUUGAUAAUUGGAUAUCCUGGGAUCAAUUGUUAAAAGAUCAAUCGCAACUAGGGAAUCAACAAUGA